ACAGGAGAUCCUUUGUCUAGGAAGGGCUAGGCUGAGAAGAUCACUUUGGAGUUGCUAAGCUCUGCAUUGCCAUUGGCUGCACUCUUUGUGGGGCUGUUUUUGCAAAAGGCAUGCCCAGCACGUCUACAGUGCUGGCAGGCCAGGGCUGCCUUUAAACACCAUGAUAAUAAUACCAAAAAGCAGUUUGCAGAACUGUUCCACUGUAGAGGCUUCCUCUGCAGAAGCAAGCAAGAUGGCUACCUCGUGGGCUUCGCUGUGAAGAAUGCAGAGGCUAAUUAAGACAGACUUUAAGGGGAAAAAAGGGUUAUAAAGGAAAACAAGAGGCCCCAGAGGGAAAAGAAGCCCAAAAUUUUAAAGGCAGAUUUUGUUAACAAACCAGUAAAUGGCCCCAAGUCAGAAUCCAUGGACUACAGUAAAUAUGGUCAUGGGGAAGAACAAAAAUCGGAAUUGAACCCACAUCCUGUUGAAAAUGUAACUAAAAAUGAAGAAAACAUGACAGGCAUCGAGGUGGAGAAGUGGACACAAAACAAGAAAUCACAUUUAACUGAUCACGUCAAAGAUUUUAGUGCCAAUGUCCCAGAACCUGAAAAAUCGAACAACUCUGAAGUUGACAAGAAACGAACCAAACCUCCAAAAUUGUUUGUACAAACCAUAAGAAAUGGCAUUAAACAUGUGCACUAUUUACCCACUGAACCAAAUGUGUCAUUUAAAAAAUUCAAUAUUGAAGCAUUCAGCAAGAAAUUGGAAAACAAUUCAUGUAAAUUCCUAAAAGACACUGCAAACCAUAACAACGCUAUGAGCUCCGUUGCUACUGAUAUGAGUUGUGAUCAUCUCAAGGGAAGAAGUAAUGUUUUAGUAUUCCAGCAGCCUGGCUUUAACUGCAAUUCCAUUCCACAUUCUUCACACUCCAACAUAAAUCAUCAUGCCAGCAUACACAACGAAGGUGAUCAACCAAAAACGCCUGAGAAUAUACAAAGUAAAGAACCAAAAGAUGGAUCUCCAGUUCAACCAUGUCUCUUGUCAUUAAUGAAAGAUAGGAGAUUAACAUUGGAGCAAGUGGUAGCCAUAGAGGCCCUGACUCAACUCUCAGAAGCCCCAUCGGAAAAUUCCUCCCCAUCAAAGUCAGAGAAAGAGGAAGAAUCAGAGCAGAGAACAGCCAGUUUGCUUAAUAGCUGCAAAGCUAUUCUCUACUCUGUAAGAAAAGACCUUCAAGACCCACACUUACAAGGAGAGUCACCAAAUCUUCAUCACUGUACAUCUUUGGGAAAACAAAGUUCGCCCAGCACGGUGGUUUUCAAUGGGCAAACUACUACACUUUCCAGCUCACAUAUCAGUUCAGCUACUAACCUAGCAUCCACAAAGUCACAUGAAUAUUCAAAAGUCACAAAUUCAUUAUCUCUUUUUGUACCAAAAUCAAAUUCCUCCAAGACUGACACCAAUAAAAGUGUUGCUCAAGGGAUAAUUGCUCUUGACAAUUGUUCCAAUAAUAUGCCUCAGUUGCCACCAAGAAAUAAUGAAGUGGGGUAUUGUAACCAGUUACUGGACAGCAGCAAAAAUUUGGACUCAGAUGAUCUAUUAUGUCAGGAUGCAGCCCAUACCCAAAUUGAGGAAGACGUUGCAACACAGUUGACACAACUGGCUUCAAUAAUUAAGUUCAAUUAUAUAAAACCAGAGGACAAAAAAGUUGAAAGUACACCCACAAGCCUUGUUGCAUGCAGUAUACAGCAAAAAUACAAUCAAGAGAAAGGCACAAUACAACAGAAACCACCUUCAAGUGUACAAAAUAAUCAUGGUGCAUCAUUAACAAAGCAAAAGAACACAACCCAGAAAAAGACAAAAUCCACCCCAUCAAGAGAUCGGCGGAAAAAGAAGCCUACAGUUGUAGGUUAUCAAGAAAAUGAUCCUCAGCAGUGGGAAACAUUGUCCUAUGCGUAUGGCACAGUAUGUGACAUUUGGAUUGCAUCGAAAUUUCAAAAAUUUGGGCAAUUUUGUUCACAUGAUUUUCCUACUGUAUUUGGGAAAAUUUCUUCCGCAGCCAAAAUAUGGAAACCACUGGCUCAGACAAGGUCCAUUAUACAACCCAAAACAAUAUUUCCUCCACUCACUCAGAUAAAAUUACAGAGGUAUCCUGAAGCAGUAGAGGAAAAGAUGAAGGUUGAACCAUUGGAUUCACUCAGCUUAUUUCAUCUUAAAACGGAAUCCAACGGGAAGGCAUUCACUGAUAAAGCUUAUAUCUCUCAGGUACAGUUAACAGCGAAUGCCAAUCAGAAAGCCCAUCCUUUGACCCAGCCCUCCUCUCCACCUAACCAGUGUGCUGACGUGACGGCUGGCGAUGACCAAAUACAAUUUCAACAGGUUGUUAAGGAGCAACUCAUGCAUCAGAGACUGCUAACAUUGCCUGGUAUCUCUCAUGAAACACCCUUACCGGAGUCAGCACUAACUCUCAGGAAUGUAAAUGUGGUGUGUUCAGGUGGAAUGACAGUGGUUUCUACCAAAAGUGAAGAGGAAGUCUCUUCAUCCAGUGUUGGAACGUCAGAGUUUUCCACGGUGGACAGGGCACAGAAAAAUUUCAGUGAUUAUGCUAUGAACUUCUUUACUAAUCCUACAAAAAACCUAGUGUCCAUAACUAAAGAUUCUGAACUGCCCACCUGCAACUGCCUUGAUCGUGUAAUACAAAAAGACAAAGGCCCAUAUUAUACACACCUUGGGGCAGGACCCAGUGUUGCUGCUGUCAGGGAAAUCAUGGAGAAUAGGUAUGGUGAAAAAGGAAAUGCAAUAAGGAUAGAAAUAGUAGUGUACACCGGCAAAGAAGGGAAAAGCUCUCAUGGGUGUCCAAUUGCUAAGUGGGUUUUGAGAAGAAGCAGUGAUGAAGAAAAAGUUCUUUGUUUGGUCCGACAGCGUACAGGCCACCACUGUCCAACCGCUGUGAUGGUGGUGCUCAUCAUGGUAUGGGAUGGAAUCCCUCUUCCAAUGGCCGACCGACUAUACACAGAGCUCACUGAGAAUCUAAAGUCGUACAAUGGGCACCCUACCGACCGAAGAUGCACCCUUAAUGAAAAUCGUACCUGUACCUGUCAAGGAAUUGAUCCAGAGACUUGUGGAGCUUCAUUCUCUUUUGGCUGUUCAUGGAGUAUGUACUUUAAUGGCUGUAAGUUUGGUAGAAGCCCAAGCCCCAGAAGAUUCAGAAUUGAUCCAAGCUCUCCCUUACAUACCUACUAUGAAAGAAUUACUAAAGGACGUAAUCCAGAAAGAAGACAUGUGAAACCGGAACGAAUCUGUCCGGGACACGAGGCCAUGGAAAAAAACCUUGAAGACAACUUACAGAGUUUGGCUACACGAUUAGCUCCAAUUUAUAAGCAGUAUGCUCCAGUAGCUUACCAAAAUCAGGUCGAGUAUGAAAAUAUUGCCCGAGAAUGUCGGCUUGGCAGCAAGGAAGGUCGUCCCUUCUCUGGCGUCACUGCUUGCCUAGACUUCUGUGCCCAUCCCCACAGGGACAUUCACAACAUGAAUAAUGGAAGCACAGUUGUUUGUACUUUAACUAGAGAAGAUAACCGGUCUUUGGGUGUUAUUCCUCAAGAUGAGCAGCUCCAUGUCCUACCUCUUUAUAAACUUUCAGACACAGAUGAGUUUGGCUCCAAGGAAGGAAUGGAAGCCAAGAUCAAAUCUGGGGCCAUUGAGGUCCUGGCACCCCGCCGCAAAAAAAGAACUUGUUUCACUCAGCCUGUUCCCCGUUCUGGGAAGAAGAGGGCUGCGAUGAUGACCGAGGUUCUUGCACAUAAGAUAAGGGCAGUGGAGAAGAAACCUAUUCCCCGAAUCAAGCGGAAGAAUAACUCAACAAUAACAAACAACAGUAAGGCUUCAUCACUGCCAACCUUAGGGAGUAAAACUGAGACCAUGCAACCUGAAGUAAAAAGUGAAACCGAUCCCCAUUUUAUCUUAAAAAGUUCAGACAACACUAAAGCCUAUUUGCUGAUGCCAUCUGCUUCUCACCCAGUGAAAGAGGCAUCUCCAGGCUUUUCCUGGUCCCCGAAGACUGCAUCAGUUGCACCAGCUCCAUCGAAGAAUGACGCAACAGCCUCGUGCGUGUUUUCAGAAAGAAGCAGCACUCCCCACUGCACGAUGCCUUUGGGAAGACUCAGCGGUUCCAAUGCAGCUGCUGCAGAAGGCCCUGGCAUUUCACAGCUUGGCGAAGUUGCUCCUCUCCCCACCCUGUCUACUCCUGUGACAGAACCCCUUAUUAAUUCUGAGCCUCCCACUGGUGUGACUGAGCCGCUAACGUCUCAUCAGCCAAACGAGCAGCCCUCCUUCCUCACCUCUCCCCAAGACCUUGCCUCUUCUCCAAUGGAAGAAGAUGAGCAGCAUUCUGAAGCAGAUGAGCCUCUAUCAGACGAGCCCUUAUCUGAUGACCCCUUGUCACCUGCUGAGGAGAAAUUGCCCCACAUUGAUGAGUACUGGUCAGACAGUGAGCACAUCUUUUUGGAUGCAAAUAUUGGUGGGGUGGCCAUCGCACCUGCCCACGGCUCGGUUUUGAUUGAGUGUGCCCGGCGAGAGCUGCACGCUACCACUCCUGUUGAGCACCCCAACCGUAAUCAUCCAACCCGCCUCUCCCUUGUCUUUUACCAGCACAAAAACCUAAAUAAGCCCCAACAUGGUUUUGAACUAAACAAGAUUAAGUUUGAGGCUAAAGAAGCUAAGAAUAAGAAAAUGAAGGCCUCAGAGCAAAAAGACCAGGCAGCUAAUGAAGGUCCGGAACUGUCCUCUGAAGCAAACGAAUUAAACCAAAUUCCUUCUCAUAAAGCAUUAACAUUAACUCAUGACAAUGUUGUCACCGUGUCCCCUUAUGCUCUCACACACGUUGCGGGGCCCUAUAACCAUUGGGUCUGAAGGCUUUUCUCCCCCUCUUAAUGCCUUUGCUCGUGCAGUGUAUUUUUUCAAGGUGCUGUUUUAAGAAAGUCAUGUUGUCGUUUACUAUAUCUUCAUCUCACCCAUUUCAAGUCUGAGGUAAAAAAAAUAAUAAUAAUAAUAACAAACGGGGUGGGUAUUCUUAACUGUGACUAUAUUUUGACAAUUGGUAGAAGGUGCACAUUUUAAGCAAAAAUAAAAGUUUUAUAGUUUUAAAUACAUAAAGAAAUGUUUUGGUUAGGCAUUAACCUUGGUAGAAUCACUCAGUUUGGUGCUUUCAAUUAAGUCAGUUUACUAUGAAACAAGAGUCAUUUUUAGAGGAUUUUAACAGGUUCAUGUUCUAUGAUAUAAAAUCAAGACACACAGUGUUAACUCUACACAGCUUCUGGUGCUUAACCACAUCCACACAGUUAAAAAUAAGCUGAAUUAUUAUUUCAUGGUGCCAUUGUUCCAACAUCUUCCAAUCAUUGCUAGAAAAUUGGCAUAUUCUUUUGAAAUAAACUUAUGAAAUGUUUUCUCUCUUAAAAUAUUUCUCCUGUGUAAAAUAAAUCAUUGUUGUUAGUAAUGGUUGGAGGCUGUUCAUAAAUUGUAAAUAGAUAUUUUAAAAGCACUUUCUAUUUUUAAAAGUAACUUGAAAUAAUAUAGUAUAAGAAUCCUAUUGUCUAUUGUUUGUGCAUAUUUGCAUACAAGAGAAAUCAUUUAUCCUUGCUGUGUAGAGUUCCAUCUUGUUAAUUGCAGUAUGUAUUCUAAUCAUGUAUAUGGUUUGUGUUCUUUUACUGUGUCCUUUCACAUUCAAAUGUUAGCAAGUCGCAGUAUAUAAAAUACUUAGAUAAUGAGAAGUUGUUAAUUAUGGAAUUAGGAAGCAUAUCACCAAUAUUGAUUAACAUUUUCUUUGGAACUAGGUAAGAGUGGUCUCUUCUGACUUGUUGAACAACUUCAGUUUAGUUUCAUCUUACCUUUCUCAUUAUAAUCCAUUAGAGGUAUUUCCAAAAGGAGAUGAUGGGACAGGAUAGGUUUCAAGAGUCAAAUGCUUCUAAUAUCUCAAGGUGAUAAAAUACAAAAAUUAAGUAGACAGAUAUUUGUACUGAAGUCUAAUAUAGUAUUAGGAAAAGAAAAUCUUGUUGAAAUAUUUUGAAAACCAAUUCCCUACUAUCAUCACAUGCCUUCCCAACCCCAAGUCAAACAAGAGGAAUGGUACUAUAAACAUGGCUUUGUCCAUUAAAAGCUAAUUCAUUUGUUUAUCUUAGCAUAUUAGAUUUGGGAAAAUGAUAACUCAUCUUUUCUGAUAAUUGCCUAUGACCUAGGUAACAGGAAAAAAGGCAUUACGUUUAUUUUAGUCUUCCCAUUUUUUUUCCUAUUACUUUGUUGACUCAUUUUAUUGCAAAACAAAAAGGAUUACCCAAACAACAUGUUUAGAACAAGGAGAACUUUCAAUGAAAUACUUGAUUCUGUUAAAAUGCAGAGGUGCUAUAACAUUCAAAGUGUCAGAUUCCUGGGGAGUAUGGAAAACCUAAUGGUGCUUCUCCCUUGGAAAUGCCAUAGGAAGACCACAACCGCUAACACUUACAAUUUUGGUGCAAAAGCAAACAGUUCCAGCAGGCUUUCUAAAGAAAAACUCAUUGUAACUUAUUAAAAUAAUAUAUGGUGCAAAGUAUCUGAUUUGAGCUUUUGACUAAUCCAAGUAAAGGAAUAUGAAGGGAUUGUAAAUAACAAAAAUGUCCAUUGAUAGACCAUCGUGUACAAGUAGAUUUCUGCUUGUUGAAAUGUAAAAUAGGGUAAUUCAUUGACUUGUUUUAGUAUUUUGUGUGCCUUAGAUUUCUGUUUUAAAACAUGUAUAUUUUUGUGAGCCUAAGGUUUCUUAUACAUAUAAGUAUAUAAAUAAGUGAUUGUUUAUUGCUUCAGCUGCUUCAAUGAGAUAUUUACUAGUAUUAUACUAUCAGGAAUACACCCUUGCGAGAUUAUGUUUUAGAUUUUAGGCCUUAGCUCCCACUAGAAAUUAUUUCUUCACCAGAUUUAAUGGAUAAAGCUUUAUGGCUCUUUAUGCAUCCACUCAUCUAUUCAUUCUUCGGGUCUACACUUAUUGAAUGCCUGAAAAAUCUAAGUGUCACUUUUAUUUUUAUUUGAAUCACCGCCUAUGACAUAGUAAACUUGAAGAAUAAAAACUACCCUCAGAAAUAUUUUAAAAAUAAAUAGCAGAUUAUCUUCAAAAUAAUCCAUGGUAACGUAUGCAGUAAUUCAAAUUUAUCUGUCUCUCAAUAGGUUUCUUAACAAUCUAAACUUGAAACAGCAAUGUUAAUUUUGGGGACUAUUGGGAUUUGUGAUACUUGCUGCAGUUUACCAAAACAAGUAUAUGAAAAUAUCUAGUAUCAACUGAAAUGUUUCCAUUCCAUUGUUGUAAUUAACAUCAUGAAUGGACUUCCUAAACUGAUCACCCCACUGUGGGAACCAAAUUGGAUUCCUAUUUUGUUGGACUCUCUUUCCCAAUUUUAGCAAUUUACCAUCUCAUUCUCUGCCCUGUGAUUUUUUUAAAAAGCUUAUUCAAUGUUCUGCAGCAUUGUGAUUGUAUGCUGGCUACACUGCUUUUAGAAUGCUCUUUCUCAUGAAGCAAGGAAAUAAAUUUGUUUGAAAUGACAUUUUCUCAUAAAACUGGUCAUCUAACAUUAUUUCUACCCCUCUAUUAUGUUUUGCUGUAAUGAUCACCUUUAACACUCUAAUUGGGUUUUAAAUCUGCAUUUGUUCAUAGUAUGAUCAUUGAAUUCACUGAUACAUGACCUCCUAGUUAGCCCAAUCAGUGCAUAAUAUGCUACAAACUCACCAACUUUAAUAAGGGAAUAACUCCUGUGUAUUGCAGAAUCCUACAAAAUAUCAUGUUGCCCCUUGAUAUUCCAUUUCCUUUGUCUUUUUUUUUUGGAGUGACAGAGUCUUGCUAUGUUGCCCAGGCUGAUCUCAAACUCCUGGCCUCAAGUGAUCCUCCUGCUUCAGUCUCCUAAAGUACAAAAAUUAUAAGCAUGAGCCACUCUACCCAGCCUAAAAUUCCAUUUCUAAUGGCUCUUGAGCCAUUGUUGAAAUUUCUUUUUUUUUUUCUUUUGCUUGUCAGUCUCACCUACCUCUUGCUUCCAAUUCAUCUACAAAGUACCAAAUAGACCAGGUCAUAAACAUAAUUGAAAUACAUUCUUAUCAGAAAGUGAGGCUAUUUGAAAAGGCAUAGAUAGCUGUAGGCAAAUUAUUGCAACAUGUUUACAUCUUAAAUAAAUGUCCAACAUCUUUGUUAUUCAAUCUGCAUGUUGAUAAUGUAAUUUCAUUUAUUAAAUUUAGAACUUCAACUAGAUGAGAUCCAUAAGUAAUUUACUUAAAACAUAACCUCAAUACGUAUUUAAUUGAAUGCAUACCCUUGUGUAAAUAAGCUGCUGAUUUAAUUCAUAUGACUAACCUAUUUUCUAACAUUACAGUGGACUCCUACUGAUCAUUUCACAAUAGCAUGUGUGAAAAUAACCCUGAACUAAUUUUUAAAACAAAUUAUAUUGACUUUAUCUGGGACAUAGGUAAGACUUUAUUGCAUGAAACUUCCACUGACAGUGGGCACGGCAUUUCCUUUGCAUGUGCCAACUAAAUCAGUGGCUGUAUGCAACCUUCAAUAAAUAUAUAGUUAUUACCUUCAA